UGCAUACAAAUUGAUUUUCAUAAAGUGCUAAGCAAUUGAAAUGCAUCUACGCAGCAAUAACCGCUAAUUUAAUAAACGUGCAGAAAAAAAGAAAAUCCUGAAAAAUGGAAGUGGAGGAAACGAGCGACAAUGGAUUCCCGCUGGGCUUUCCAGAAGUGGGCACCUGGAACCGCACACACAAUGUGCCGCUGGAGAACAUGAAAAUCGAUGCACCCAUGAUUUGGCUGCUCUGCUCGCUGCUGACGACCAUCACGUGGGUGACGUACAACAACUUUUACAACUCGCGCGUAAUCGGCAUGCUGAUCACGAAGAUAGCGAAUCGCUGGUUCAUCAAGGGCGCCUACUUCAAGAUCGGAUCGGUGGCGCUGAAUCCUCUCGCUGGGAAGAUAAUGUUUCGGGAUUUCGUGUACAUCACCUACGACUACACGAUGCGCGUGCAGGAUGGCUAUUUCAUCUUUCGCUGGUGGCGCUCCUACGUGCCCAAGGAUGUUUCCGAGGAUCUCUCGCACUCGGACACUCGGCUGUCGGUUCAGCUGAACGGCUACGAACUGCACAUCUAUAAUCGUUCGGAUCUGUACGACAAGCUGGAGAAGACCUUCGGCCUGGAGCCGUCGCUGCUAAUACCCACGGACGUGGCGAGCAACGAGGAGCGCAACAAGCUGAAGGAGCACAACAUGAACCUGGAGAAUGCGCGCCAGAACAGGCGCGUGAACAGCGUCAAGAACUCGGAGGCCAUGCAGGCGACCACCUGGCGUGAUCUGAUACCCGUCAUCAAGAUCGACAUCAGCUCCGGACGCUUUGUCUUCGGCAAUCGCCUCACACCGACCACGCUGUCCAUUUCCAUGGAGGAGGCCCAUUGCACGUACAGCACCAAGCCCGCGGUCUGUCGACUCGAUCAUUUCAUGCACUUUGUCAAGGCGAAAGUGGAGAAUGCCAAGGUGCUCUUCUGUCCCAGUCCCAAGUACACGGGCCUUAUCGACGAGCCGCCGCGCUAUAUGGGCGAGGGUUUUGUGGUCAUGAUGUCCAACCAAAUGGAUUUGUAUUUCUACAUGGACGAGCCGGGCGUGGUGCCCGAAGAGCCCGUACAGAUCGUGCUCGCGAACGGCGACGUGGUCGAGCCGUCGCCGCCCGUUUGGGGCAUCAAUGCGCAUUGCCUGAAGGGUACCGACUUUAGCUACGGCCCCUGGGCGGACAGACAGCGCGAUCAUCUCUACAGAUAUUUCUAUCCAUCCGAUUGGAAGGAGGCCGAGGUCACGCCCACACCCCUACCGGGCGAGCUGCGCAGCUAUCAGUCGUUCGAUGUGACGCUAUGCGUGCUGAAUGAGGCGACAAUUGAUAUUCUGUUCUCCAAGGAGAAGGAGACGAACGCCAUGCACAUAACUGUCGGCCCCGCCUCCUAUGUGGAGGUGACCAUACCCUGGGUAACGCUGCCCGACGGCUACACGUCCAAGAUCCAGGGUCAGCUAUUCCAUGUGGAGGCCACCACCUCGCUGCAGUAUCGCAGCCUGGCCGAGUUCGAGUCGCUGGAGUACAAGGUGCGCAUACACUAUCCGACCAAGUGGAACGCGCCGCAGGACUGGAACAUCUCGCUGGCCGGCUGCAAGACGAGCGCAUUUAUUGUGUACAAGCAUAAGUGCUUCUUCCAGGACCUAAUCGAGGAUUGGGCCAACAAGGCGCGACCCGACAUACUCAGCUUUGUGCCCUACACCUGCAACUUCAACAUACGCCUAAACGAGUUCGAGAUCCUGAUGCUGUGCAACGAGUACAAUUGGAUCGACUGUAGCAGCGCCAACCAGGAGAACAAUCAUUUGGGCUUCUGCGGCGAUGUCUUUGAGAUGAGCUUCGCGCUGCCCUUCGAUGAUUUUCUGCCCAAGACUGUGACGCUCAAGUUCUGGAUGCACGGCGAGGGUCUCGACUUGAGUUUGUACGUGCCGGAGGUGUCCUCGGUGCGACCUAUUGUCCUAGCCAUAGACGAGAACGCAAGACUGUUGACCCGCGAGGGCAAGCUGAUCCGCCGGCCGGAGCUCUAUACUAAGAAAUGGCGCAAGAUUUGCCAGCGCAGCGCCGGCUGGAUUGAUUGCUGGGCCGUGCCCAUUCUGGCGCUGUCCAUACAAUAUGUAUAUCAUCCGGUGCCGCCGCUGGGACCCGAUCCGCAGGCGGACAUCACCACGCCCGAGAAGGAGGAGAUCCUUCUGAGUCCCAUGCGCAUACCUAAGGUGCGUAAAUCUCCUGUGAGCUGGCAGCAGGCGCAGCAAUCGGAGCAGCAGCAAAACCGAUUCGAUCCGGGCACGCUGACAGCGGAUCAUGUCACCGUGGAGCUGGAGAUCGGCAGCUCCGUGUUGAUGGCCUAUGGCAAUGUGCUGCGCAAUUUCAUGAGUCUCAAGGAGAACAUCUUUGGCGAGGAUCAGAACUUUACCGAUAUGGAGCAGUCGAAUGUGAGUCUAAAGGAAACGGGCGUCGCGCCCAAUCCCAAAGAUCAGCUGCUGGCCAAAGAGAAGGAGCUGGCCAACAAGUCCAUAUCGGAGACAACGGCGCCCGAGGAGAAGCGCAAACCCUUCGAUCCGCGCCUCUAUCGCCCGCUGGAGGUCAUGGUCUCAGUCAUCGUGCAUGACAUACAGGCGCACGUGAUGAAGAACUGCAAUCCGGAGGAUCCGCCCUGCCCGGUGGUGCUGAUCGAGCGCUUCGGCUUCGAGAUGAACAAGCGCUAUCACGAGACGACUCUGCAGGUGCUCGUCAGUCCCUCGUAUCUGCUCACCGCAGACACGCUGCAGCGCCAGCAGCGCGAGCAGCACAUCCAGCAGGGCCAUCUGCUGCUGUCUGCCGUCCAGGUACGCGGCCAUGCCAUGUUCAGUAACGAGGGCUGCGCCCUCGACGAGGAUACACUGGAGUAUUCCUGGUUGGUCGAGGUGCAGCUGGGCAAGCUGACGGGCAAGCUUACGCUGCCGCAGCUGGUAAAUGUGGUUACCGGUCUGGAGACCCUAGUGCUGCUAGCCAUCGAUCCGGAGAACUGCCUGAAGUCGCCGAAGACGGUGCGCAACUGCCAUCAUGGGGUGCCUAGCAACCUGUGCCCGCACACCAAGGAGGAGAACAAAUACAAGUGCCCCUCCGCCGAGGACAUCAAGUACAAGAUGACGCGCGUCUCGGUGGAUGCCGUCGAUGUGUAUCUUAUCGAGAGCGGCACGGCGCUGCAUGCCUGGAUCUCGCCCAUACGGCUGGCUAAUUGUAAUCUGCACGGGCAGCGCGUCAAGUCGGGCAUCUCGGGCCUGUUGCCCUCCAUUCUGCUGCGCCUGUUUAUGCUGCACGCAGGCAAUGCGCCUAACAGCAGCUACAAUACGAACACGACGGGCAGCAAUCGCUCCGGCAAGCUGCGACGCGCCGACCAGGACUCGCUCAAGUCACAGGAUGUGCCCAGCAGUGGACACCACAAGGCACCCGGCGGCAAGCGCAGCUCCAACUCCUUCUCGCAGCGUCGUGAUUCGCGCGAGGAAGCCGCUCGACAGAGCAAGCUGCGCGACAAUGUGCCGGAUGCGAAUGCCGCCAAGCGCACACCGGAAACGGCAGAGCUCUGCGAGAACUGGGUGGAGGUGGGUUGCACCUCGCUUGGCCCCAUACUGCUGGAGGGCGCCUCCGCGCUGCCCAUACCCGAUCAUGAGCUGCAUCUCGUUCAACACAACUUUCUGCGCGAACACGACGCCAAGUUUAAGCGACUGUGGUUCCUUUGGUCCAACAAUGGCAACGCGCUCAGCUCGGGCUCGGAGACCUCGCGCUGCGGCUGCAUCGGUGGCUGCGCCUUCUUUGGCACCAAUCGCAAUGGCCAAAAGUUCUUCAAGCCCACGGCGCAGGAUGUGCACGACAACUACAACAUUGCGCGCUACUUCAUCAUUAACAACAACAAGGACUUUGGUUUUGGCGAGAGCAUUCUGCAUCAGGGGCAGCUGGUCUUCCACACGCCUCCCUAUAGCCUGCACUGCGUCUCGCUCUACGAUGCGGACGAUUUCAAUGGCAAGGGCAAGCUCUAUAGGCCCGCUAUGGAGCUGCGCAACGGCAGCCUGAAGAAGUCGGAGCUGUGCGCGCUGCCGGAUGGCGCCAAGUUCAAAAUUGGCGGCGGCGCCGUCGUGGACAAGCCGGAGCUGGCCAGCAGCCGCAACAGGUCCCGCGAGAGCAUUGCCUCGCCCAAUACGCUGGAGCGGCGCAGCAAGCGCUACACGUGCACACGUCAGACCUCCGUGGAGGUGCCUUACGCGCGUCUGCUGGACAGUCCAUCCAAGAAGCUGCAGCUGCAGCACGAUUCCAUAGAAAACAGCGGCAGCGGCGCCGGCAGCCAGCGACGCGGUUCGGACUCGCACAGACUGCGCGUGUCGCCACCCAAGACAAGCAUCUCGGACUCCAGACUGACCGGCGAGGCGGCGCUCGAUGAUGAGCAUGAGAUGCCCGACGAGAUGUCGCACUCGGCACCCCAUUCGCAUCCUCUCGAGUUCGAGAUUGCGGACAUUGUGCUGCACGCCGGCGAGCAGAUGCCGCGCGAGGUGCAGCGCACCAUAUCGCUGACCUCGGAGAAUCCAUCCGAGAUGUUCUUCUCCGCCGAGGAGGACAUAUCCAAUGUGCUCUCACAGCGCGGCUCCAUGAAGCAGCGCAGCGCGAACGGAUCCAUCAUAUUGUCGGGCAGAAAACGUUUCUCCUCGGACUUCAGCAUUGGCGAAAAUGGCAGCCACACGUUGCCAACGUACCGCAGCGAUCUGGAGAUCCAUGCACCGGAGAGCAACAAGACGCUGCCCAAGCGGCCGCAGAGCACCACAGAACUGGCGGAUUCGCGUGGCUCGUCGUCGGGCACGCCCUCACUGUCCUCGAACUCGUUUAUUUCGGCCAUGUCCUCGCAGGAGGAUGUCGCUUUGGUCAACUUGCAUCAGCAGGUCAAUCGGCCCAUCAUCGAUUCGCCGCUGCUGAUGGCCAGCUACUUGAAUCAUUUGUCGCAGGUCAAGUGCUUCAACUGGAACGGCUGCUCGUUUCCGCUCGGCCCGGACGUCUUCUCCACCCCGCUCUUCCACGAGAAUGAGGACGGCGGCUUGACCUAUAUAGGCAGCAAAAUGUUGCCGCAUUUCGACCUGUACUCGUGCUGGCGUGAGAUCAAGGUGGUGCCGCGUUAUGAGAACACCACAGGCAGCAACAGCUCGGCCACUUUUAUGGGCGGUCCCAAGUCGCAUCCCUGGGAUCCCAGUGUGCUGCUCAAGGAGGAGGAGUCGGACAAGACAACAAACGGCUUCGACGACGGCGAGUUCAUGAGUCUCCAAUCUGAAGGCGGCGCGGCCUGCACCUCGGUGGUUGCCAGGCUGAAGGGGCAGCUAAAUAUAUUCCUCACCCCACUUCUGCCAGAGGGCUUGCAAAGAAUGGUUGAGGCUGCGGUACCAACGAUUCAGUCAAUGCAUCUGCUGUCGGUGGUUAACUUUAUCCAUGCCUCGUGCAUAGCUAAAGUGAAGAACGAUAAUAUACUUAAGCGGGAUCAGAGUCUCAGCUACUGGUCGCAGGUGCAUUCGAAUUCCAAGCGCUCGACAACCGAGCGCCAUUUGCAGGGACCCGGCGAUUCAUUCCUGAGCGAUGUCUACGAGGAGAGCAUAUCGACCAAGACCCAGGGACUGAUUGUGCUGCCCAAAGUGAGCAUAACCAUGCUGCAGUCGUCCAUUGUGGAGGAGAUCAUAUCCGUCGCUGCGCUGGACAAUGUGCAGGAUCUCAGCUGCGUCUCGCUGCUAACAUUUUAUAUGGAGGGCAUCUCCACGAAGUUUCACUUGGGCAAAACCACACGCGCUUCCAUGCAUAAUGUCUACAUACAGCAGACGGUUCAGUCGGGCAGCAGCCACAAGAAGGGCGGCAUUAUGAAGGGCACGCGAGCGCUGCUGGCGCAUCUCUCCUCGCAGACGCGACCGGACAAUGUGCAGGGCGAGCCCAUACUCAUCGAGACGUCAGAGAAGCAGCUGGAGGAGCUGGUCAUAACGCUAGACAUCGGACGGGCGCAUGCGCAGCUGCGUCGUCUCAAGACCGAGGGCCAGUCGUGUGCGCCCGAGACGCCCGUCAUCGUUACAGCCAUACCGGAGCACAAGAGCAAGGUGCUCUUCGAGUGCUUGAAGAUGCCGGAGAGCACGGGUAUCGAGAGCAUUGGCUACAUCAUGUUUGAGUGCGGCCUGGAGGGUGUGGGCGUCAAGAUUGUCAAGCGUUCACAUUUCGAGAAAUCGGAGAACAGCAAAGAGGAGCUGGCCGAAAUGACGGGCGGCGCCGAUGGCGUUGCAUCCUCCGGAGGCGGCUUCAAUCUCAACGAGCUGGUCGUCGGGUCGGGCAGUGAAGCCGCAGCGCCGACUGCAGAUGGCAGCGGAGCCACCUCGAAGGCAGAGGCCGCUUGGCGUUUGAUUACCAAAAAGCCGCCGACGCCCAAAACGCCCAAGGAAAAGUUCCACCAUGCUCUGGAAAGUGUUAUUGUCAGCGAUGGCGGCGCUGCGGCUGCUGAGCACGGACGCAAGGCGACGCCCAAGCAGCCGGCCGAUGAGGAUGUGGAGAAGGGUGGAGCGGGUGCGGGCGCGGGGGCCAAUUCGCAGCAGGCAGCAGGCGCUCAAAAGCAGAGCGGCGCGGGCAAAGAUGGCGCCAAGGAUGGCUACGACAAGGCGCUUUCGAAUGUCAAAGGCACCGACAAGACCUCCUCCUGCGUGAUCGAGCUCAAAUCCGUGUGGUUUAACUUUGCGGCGCCUCCUUGUGUGCCCAUCACGCGCAAGAUCGAUCUGACGCGCUUGGACUGGAAUCUGCUGAGCACUGCCUCGCCGGCCAUCACAGCCUGGAUGAAUCCCAGCAAUCGGCUGGCCAUCAAAAUUGUAUCCCUCAUGAAGGUGCUGCACACGCGCCAAACGGCUGUCGCCGCCUGCCUCAUGGCGGACGCCAUGGAAAACGAGAAGAUCCAACGCAAUCCAAAGAUCAAGAAGAGUCGUUAUGCGAACAAUUAUACGCUGCUGUCGAAGACGCUGCAGGAGGAUCCCAGCUGUCAGCUGUGCUACAUCAUGCAGAAACUGGUGCUGGACGAGGGAGUGCAGCGCAUCGAGCAAAUCUUCCAGCAUGGCGAGGUGCCGCAUCUGAACACGCUGCGACAGGGCAUCAUUGUGCUGAGUCGUCAGUGGAAGAACACCUUAUACAAUCCGAUAUUGUUUGAGCAUCAGUACAAGAAUAAGCUGGCACGUCCGAUUAACGUGACAUUCUCGUUCCCGCAGAACGAGGAGGAGUGCGAGGCGGAUGAGUGUGAAGGUGAUGUUGAUAUGGGCGCCUAUGCUGGCGCCGGCGAGAAUCCGGAAGAGAGUGAGAAUGCUUUAUUACUUGGGCAAACACAGCAUCAUCGAACUCACAUUGACAAUACGCAAUAUGGUGGUAUGUCCUAUGGCCAUGAGGCAGCGCACCAUGGACCGGCAUCCCAGCGAUCCACAUCGACAUCGCCCAACAUGCACCACACACGCCGUGGUCUGAACAAAGUGCACAGCAAAGCCUCGAAUUAUUCACAUGGCAAUUCGUCUCGUUCCAGCAUACAAAUGCUGCCCAUUAUAUCGGGUCUGGUCGAGAAACAGGUGCCAGAGUUUGAGUACGGCGCCUUGCAGGAGGGUUCGCUGAGCUCGACGAACUCGGUGAACAAGUUUUGGCUGGGCGCCGAGAAUCACAAGGAGGACUUGUACUUUUGGAUGGCCAAGCAGCAGGACAACAGCAAGAAGAAGGAGCAUGCCGCCGAAAAGGAGCAUGCCCGUCCCGCGCCGGCCAAGCUGAAUGGCCAGACGCAUUCGCGCAGCGCCAUCAUGCAGGACUCCAUCAAGCUGCUGGAUGCGCAUCUGAUCUUUGAGCCGCUGCUCACGUGUCUCGGCGUGAUGCCACAGCAGAUGAUCAACAAAUUCUCAAAUACGGACAUCUCAUCACUGGAGAACUUCGGUACGAAUCUCUCCCUGAUUGGCACCUUUGAUUCGAUACGCGUAGACAUCGUGGUCAGCGAGGCGGGCGACAAGAAAACGAAUACCAGCUCCAAGCCAGCCGCCAAGCUGAGCAAGAAAUCGAAUGGCGGACGCGCCUCCAUCAUGAUGGACACUCCCCUAUUCCUUUGCGAGCGUGUCGGCGUUGAGCUCGAGGUGCUCAAAAUGUCUGACGGCAUGGUCGAUCAGGCGCGACAGAAUGUCAUCUACAUGUCCCGUCGCCAGCUCAAGAAGCACACGAGCACCGUGAUCAACUUCAGCCUGAAUGUGCGCUUCAUUUCGCAGCAGGUCAACAUGCCGCUGCUCCGGCUGCUCCAUCAGAUCUGCAACAUGUAUCAGAAUGUGAAGGAUGCCCAGAACGAGUUCCACGAGCAUCCCGAGCUGAGCAAAAAGAGCCACACCAAGGAUGAGUGCAGUUUGGCUUCUGAGCCCACGGAUAUGCUGGCCUUUGCCUCGGUUGCGGAGCGUUUUGUGUGCCACGGCGCGAGCUUCUCGGAUGAGCGCUACGACAAAUUCAACGAGACCAUGCCGACCAUGCCCACAACGGGACGCAGCCGUGGCGGCGGCGGCCUGGCGCCAAUUAUACAGUUGACGCCGUCGCCCAAUGCCAAGAAUCGGCCGCAGAGCUUUGCGCAGAAGCUGCGCUCCACGGGCAAAUCGGUCAAGGGCAAGCUGGGCUACACCAAUCUGAACGAGUCGAGCUCGUCGCCGCUGCGCGACAGUCCGACCAUGUCGCUGCACGAGCAGAACAUACUCAAGCUGGCGACGGAAUCGAAGGCCUCGCUCAAUGGCGGCUGCGCAACCAGCGUCAGCGGCGACUACAACAACACGCUGACCAAGUCGGGCAUUGUACCGUUGCCGCCGACGCUGCUAGAGACGCCCAACUGCUGGAAGACCAUCUACCAUCUGCUGGAGCUGUACGGCACCAUGCCCGAGACGAAGACCGUGGUGCAGCGCAGUUCCCUGAACGAGCACAAGAAGCCGGCGCCCAGUUUUAGCAACAAUGACGAGGACGAUUUGACGAAUGCACCGACGCCUUUGCCACAGCAUCGCGACAUGCAGCUGGUCGAUGGUGUGCCGCAGGAGCGAACCCGUCUAAUUGUCUUUGGCGUGGCCAAGAUACACAAGACGCGGCUGCUGGCGACGCUGUCGGGCCUGAAGCUCGAGUCGGAGAUCACCACGCUGAACAGCACGGCCACUUGGCGCAAGAAGGCGCGACCAGUUUCCCUCGAAUGCUCGCUAACCGGCCAGGUCGGACGCGCCAUGAUCGUGCUGCUUGAGGGCGUGGCGCCCAGCCAGCAAACCGUCGUCAAGGUGACCGUGGGCAAGAGCCAGACGCUCUACUCGAGCCUAUCGAAGCGCGGCAAGGACAAGAACAGCGGCCUGGUCUCCAUCGGGCCCGUUAACAUAGACAUACCACAGCAUCCAGUCGCGCUGCACGGCAUGAUGACGCGCAGCUCCAAGCAGCUGUCCUCCACGCUGCAGGAGCUGCGCGUCAAACGCAACUCGGGCCGCUCCACGCUGCGCACGCACACGGCCGAGGAGCCCGAGUCGCCGUUCCAUGCGCGCAACUCGGGCGGCGCUGGCAGCGUUGGCGUGGGCAAUGCCAACAGCGAGAUGCGCGAACGGACCGUCUCCGGCGGUGCAACCCAGCCGCAGCCACAGUUUGCAGCACGGCGUGCCGCACGCCUGGUACAGGCCAAGCCGGCGGCGGCCCAUCAGAACGGGCUGCUGCAGCCGCUGGUCAUGCAGUUCAAUGUGUUGCUGCAGAGCCUGUCCAUCAAUGCGGCGCUGCUGCCCUCGCUGCAGGCGCAAUACCGCAUGAACCAUGUCAGCUCCAUGGGCGUCACGGGGCAACGCGCCAAGUUCGUCAUCGAUUUGCCCACGCACACGCUCAGCUUCAAUACCAAGAUACAGAAUGAGAUGAACCUGCCGUCGGAGGCGUGCAUUGGUUUGCCGCCCGUGCAUGUGCUCGCGGAAUAUAUUCCGGAUAACCGACAGGAGUGCACGGAGAGCGUGGAGGGUAUUGUGUUGCGGCAGGGCGGCUAUGUGAAUGCCAGUGCCGAGAUUGGCGAAUUCGAGCGCUGUCUGACCACGGAUCUGCUCAACCAUUUGGUCUUUGUGCAGAAAGUUUUCAUGCGCGAGAUCAACGAGGUACUGCAGAAGGUCUAUGGCGGCGAGAAGCCGGUGCCGCUCUGGACCGAGGAAAGUGGGGACAAUGCCAGCGUGCCGGAAUCGACGCUGAAGCGCAUACUCUUCUCCAUCAACAUAUCGAUGAAGCGCAUCCAAUUGACGGCGACCACGCCGUGCUCGUCGGCGGUGCGCUUCGAGACGGGCACGUUGGAGCUGCAGCUGUCGAAUCGUGUCAAGAACUUGGGUGAUUUGAGCAAUCGUAAGCUCUUCUUCAAGGCGCACAUCGAUUUUAAUUUGUCGCUCGGUCAGAUCAUAAGGAACGUGAUCUUUGACGAGGCGGAGCCAGAAUUUCAGCAAUAUGCCUUUUUCCAUACGACCAUCGGACUGCGUAACGCCUUCCAGGAUGAGCUGCUCAACGAGGACAAGGAGCUCAUAUUGCUGACGCUCAAGCGUCCCCUGGUCUACGUCCAGCCGAUAGCCGUGGACAAGGCCAUAUUGGUCUGGCUGAACUACAAGAACGCCUACGAGUACUGGGCUGAGAAGCGUGCCAAUCUCUGCUACGAGCACACGCCCCACCGCGACACCCAGCAGGUAUUCGAUCGCGUCGCCUUUGGCCAGAUAGCCAGCUCGAAUCUGUCUACAUUGUUCCUGCAACUAACCGUCGAAGAUAUGGGCAUCUGUCUGCCCCUCAAACAGGUCAACACGGUGUCGUACGGCAGCCGUUCGUAUCAGGACUUUGAUGCCAAGGGCGCGGUGGUCAUCACGCUGGAGAACACGAUCAUCUCGGCGUGCAACUCGGGCUCACUGGUGUCCAAGGGCAAGUUCCAGGGCCUGUGUCUGCGUUUUGCCGAUGACUUUGAGACGAAUCUGGAUGACUGGAAGCCCAGCUGUGUGGAGCCCAUCAUGAACGUGUGCGUCGUCUCCGAGGGCACGUUCGAGGUGUGCUCGCGCACCACGGCCGCCAAGAAGGGCGAGAAUGCCAAAUGGCUGCUCAAUGUCAAAUGGCAAAUGGAGGGCGUCGACAUCCAUUUGGAUGUGAACAUUGGCAAGCAGCUGUCGUCGCUGGGCCACACGCUCACCAUGCUGACGGGUUUCGAGGAGGACGACACACAAAUGGAGUCGCCCGACAGCGAUGAGGGCGACCAGAGCAGCCGGGACACGUAUGUGCGCAGACGCGGCGAAUUCGAUAAUCUGCCCGCCUUUGUGUUCGAUCCGACCAUUGACUCGAAGAAGCGCUCGUUCAUGAUGGAGAAGGAAAUGGCCGAGCAGCUGAAGAUCAUCAACGAUUUGCGCACUCUGGGCGCCUCGCACAACACUGUCGCGCACGAGGAGCGCCGCCUCCAGGAGCUGCAGGCCAUUUGCUACAAAUACUUCCGCCGUGACAUGAUCCAAAAGUGGAAGCGUCCCUCGCAGCGCCGAUCCCUCAAGAACUACAAUCGCUCUCAGUCGUACAUGGGCAGCGGCGCCGGCGUCGGCGGCGUCGGAGUUGUUGUCGGGAUGCCGGCCCGGGAGCUGCCGCUGGACAAUGGCAGUCACAGCUAUGCGGGCCGACGCCUGGACACGAUCGCCUCCAACGAUGAAAUCUCCAGUUUGCAGAGCACGCCCGCCUCCUGUCAUUCGCGCAGCGCUUCGCUAAAAACGGGCGUCGGUCGGGUCACCUUUACGGAUGCCAUGCGGCAGACAUCGCUGCCGAAUGCGGACACCGACACAGAGACGGCAGACAAUGAGCUCGACUGGCGCAGCAUUGGCUUCCAGGGCGAUUGCACGCCCAGCGAAAUGGAUGUGGAUGGCAUUUCCGUCGAGAUGCGGCGCAAGCAUGCGCAUGCUCAUGCGCUCAAACAGCAGCCGGAGCCGAACAUUGACUUCGAGCUGGACGUCAAGGUGCUGGUCAACUCGGGCAAAUGCGUCCUGCACACCAAGGACAACCACAGCAGCGAGGAUCGGGCCGCCUACAAUGCAGCCGGCGCAGCCGCAGCUUCCGCCGCCGGCGCCAGCGUGAAGACGCACAAGCGCGAGCGGAGCAUCGGUAAUGAUUGGGGCAGUCCGACACCGUCGCGCCGUCAGCGCGACAAGAGCAAGCUACGCUUCAAUGCCAGCGGCCAUAAUAAUGCUCUGCUCGCGGAUCUCACCAUCUUUCACAUACCCGGCCUCGAUGUCAAGCUGCACUAUCAGUCGCGCACGCUGCCCGAUCCCGCUGAGCUGCCGGCGGCGGCGACGGCGACUCCAGCUGGAACUCAUGUGCGUCGCGUGGUGGGCAACAAGCGGGCGACGCUGUGCGCUUGGAUGACGUUGCAGAGCAUACCCGAGGAGACAAUCAUAUCGCCGCACAUCCUCGAGUUUCUCGAGCAGACGCUGGAGCCGAUACCCGCGCGCCAGGCGAACAGUGUGCCCGCCACGCCCACUCACACAGCCCCCGUCAAUCUGGACAUAUUGCCAGCAAAUUAUGCGACCUACUCCUCGUUUCCGGUGGAUGUCAUUGUCUACUUUCAUAUGCAGCCGUCGACGUUUCGGUUUAGCUGUCUGCCCGUGUCCCGGGUAGAGUGCAUGCUGCAGCUGCCCAGCCUGGACAUUGUCUUUAGCUCGAAGCGCAGCGCCGACGAGGAGCAGCAGCAACAGCCGCCGCCUGCGGAGCCGCCGCAUCUGCCGCAGGGCGGGCUGAGCGUGACGGGCUGCCUGGCCGACUUCAAUGUCUACAUCUUUCAUCCGUACGGCGGCAAGAAGACCUCCAAGGAGACGCAGUUCUCGCCGCUGAGCGACACCGAACGCAAGGAUUCGCUCAGCAUCAAUGUGGAGUUUGUCAAGUUUCACAUCACGCGCUGCCGCAAGGUCUACAUCGAGCCGCUGCCCAGCUCGAAACGUGCCCUGGAUCAAUCCCGCGCCGUCAUACGCUUCUCCACAAUUGUGGACAUUGGCAGCGCCAGCUUCAAGUACGAUAUGCGUCGACUCACCGAGAUUUUGGCCUUCCCGAAAGCCUGGUACAGGCGUCGCAUUGUCCGGCGACUCUUUCUGGGCGAUCUCAGCGUCCAGCAGCAGCAGCAGCAGCAGGCGGGCGGGGAGACGCCGACGGGCUGUGCGCCGGCCACACCCACGCCGAGCGAGGGUCGCUCUAAGGAGAAGCUGCGCCUGGACUUUGAGGGGCAGCAACAGCAACCUCUCCAGCAACUGGGACAUUUCGGGGCGGUGCGCAAGCUCAAAUCCUUGGGCAAAUCCUCAAGCGCCGAAUCGUCGGGCACGCCGCCCUCGGAAAAGAAUCAGAUAACAGCCUGGGACACGCUGGUCAUCUUCGCGGUGAACUUCACCAAGCUGAAUGUCCAAAUGAAUAUUGGCAAUGUGUGCGGCAAUGUGGUCUGGCUGACCAAGGAUUUCCGUUCGGACGGACGGCUGUCCAUCGGUAGCACGGGCUACAAGAACAUGUACGCGGGCAUCUAUUUGGGCGGUUCGGCGCUGGAUGCCAAGGGCGGCAUUGUGGGCGGCAGCUUUGAGGUGAACAAAAUCAACAAACGCUUUCACAUCAAAGAGGAAGCCGGCAUGGAGCCGUACCAUACGCUGGGCCUGAGCUUUAUGGCGCUGGAGCUGCGUCUCGACUAUAUGGGCACCUCGGUGCUGAUGACGCGCAUCAGCACCUUUGCGGCGGCCAUGAAGGACGAGUGGCGCACGGCCACGCAGGCAGCUGCCAGCGGCAAGGAUCAGCCGCGUGCGCUCAUCUUUAUCCAUGGCGAUCUCAGCUGGGAUCAGCUGCAGAUCAUGAUAUCCAAGUCGACGACGGCUGAUCUCAUGAAAAUGUACUUUAAGCUCGAGGAGUUUUUCACGCAGCAAUUCAAGUCGUCCAAGCGCGUCUUCUCCAGCCUCGAGCCGCGUCUGCAGGAUCGCACUGCGAGCAUCAAGCGUCGCCAGCAGCUCAAGAAGAAGCCCAAUGGUGAGCUACCACAAGUCGCUGCCGCCGCCGCCGCUGCCGCCAACUAUUGCGGCGUGGACAACACGGAUGCACGGCAUCAUCGCCACUGGCAGAAGCCGCUGGCGCAGGCGAUUGGGCUGGUGGUGCCGUCGCUGGUGACGCGCCUGCCGCGGCAUGGCAAUGUGCUGGGCGGCACCGUGGAGCUGCGCGGCCAGAACAUUUCCCUGGCCUGCUUCCAUGGCAUCAACUUCAAGUCGAAAGCGUGGGCGUUGUUUAGCCUAAAGUCGCCGUCGAUUAAUUUUGCCACCGAGGCGCGACAGAUCGAGGACAGCAGCGAGGUGCUGGUCACACAGACGUUGACCUCCUGCCUCGGACAGACAACGGAGGUGCAGCAGCAGCAAAAUCACUCGAUGGCUAUUGUCAGCCGGAUCACGCGCAACAUCAUCUUUCCGCCACAGUUCAAAACCCUCAACGAAUGGUUCCACUAUGCGUUCGCCAACAGCGAAAUCGAUGCUGUGGAUCGCUUUCCCAUGCUGGAGUGCGAGCGCGAGAUAGCCUCCAAUUCGAUUGAGCGUACACGCGCCACGGGCAGCAGCACGGGCGGCUCGGCCAAAUCGCAGGAGCACAAUCACAAUCGAGAGGUCAUCUUUGCGCUGCCCAGCCUCCAGCUGCACUUCAAGACCGAGCACAAGCAGGGCUCCAGCACGCCAGAGCCAAGCGAAUCCAAACCGGAAGUUUUGUGCAGUUUCAUAACAGAGUUUGAUGAUCACAUAUUUGUCACGGUCGAUGCGGAUGCGUUCUUUUUCCUACACGAUCUGAUAACGUCCUAUGUCACCGAAAAGGAGAAGGUGCUUGGCGCUCAAUCGGCGCGCGCAGCCUCACCAAAUCUUUCGCAGAAGGCCAACCUCAAGCCCUAUCUGACGGACGAGAUACUCAAGGACAAGAAAACCGCUUCCAAUACGAAUUUGACUGUGCAGAGCCAGCAACUAGGCGGCAGCAAGACCAGCCUGGAGCCAAUGCAGGGCAGUCAUACGAAUCUGGCGACAAUUACGACUACGAACACGGCGGCAAAUGCUGCCACAGUAGCGAUAACAACGACGACCACGACAGGCCCGACAACCACGACAGGUACGACGGCGACUACGACAACGAAUUCGGGUGCAAGCGAUGCCAAAGAUUGCCCGCCCGGCGUGGAGCUGCCCAGCUUUGAUAUCGAGUCGUUUGUGCGCGAUUGGCGGCACUUUGACUGCCAGACAUGGCAUCUGGAGCCGACAGUGCGGCUGCUCUCCUGGGCCGGAAAAUCGAUUGAGCCAUAUGGCGUCGAUUAUAUACUCAAUAAGCUGGGCUUCAGUCAUGCGCGCACCACUAUACCCAAGUGGCUGCAGCGCGGCUUUAUGGAUCCCCUCGACAAGGUGGAGGCGUUGAUGAUGCUGCAGUUGCUGUUGUUGGUGCGCGAGAAUAAAUCCGAGGCGGGACAUGCCAAGCAGCAGCAGCAGAAUCAACGACCAGCACCCAAUUAGCUGGUGCCCACUUAACAGCCGAAUAGGACGUUAUCCAUGACAAUUGGCCAUUGUGUAUGUUUAUUAAUUAGCUUUAAAAAGUUAGCUUAGCGAUAUUUAGUCUAUGUAAUUGUUGUGAUUUGUGUGAUUAUUGUGUAAUUUGAGUGUAUUUCGAUUUCCUGUCUAGGAUCGCAAACAUUUCAUAUGCUCUGCAAAGGAAAUUCUUUAAUUACACUCAAAAUACUCGCAAUAUUAUUAUUAUAAUUCUUAUAACUGGCCAAUCGGGCUGCUUUGUUCAAUUGUAAAUUGUUUGCUCGCGUCUUCUAUUCCGAUUUAGGUGUAAAGUCAAGUGCUUCGCGUAGUUUGCUCAAUUUUAGCGCUUUGUAAUUAUCGUUUUGUUUACUAAGUUAUUGUGCAGAGCCAAUGUUUAAACUUUAAGUAGCUCUAAUUAAAAAAAAAAAACAAAAACGUAUACACAAACUCAACUAUUUAAACAAACUGUGUAAGUUUCUAAAUAGGCAAUAAAGUCGUCUUUUAA